AUUGUAUGAACUAACAUGGACAAAGUGGUCAUCAGUCUCCUGCUUCUGGGAACCACAGUUACAAUGGUCCAUGCAUGUCCCAAAUACUGUGUCUGCCAGAACCUCUCAGAAUCUCUGGGGACUCUGUGCCCUUCCAAAGGCCUGCUCUUUGUCCCACCGGACAUCGACCGGCGAACUGUGGAGCUGCGCCUUGGAGGAAACUUUAUCCUCAAGAUCUCCACUCAGGACUUUGCCAACAUGACGGGCCUCGUAGAUCUCACCUUGUCCCGCAACACCAUCGGCAACAUCCAGCCUUUUUCUUUCAUUGACCUGGAGACCCUGAGAUCGCUGCACCUUGACAGUAACCGGUUGACUGAGCUCGGACCUGAUGACCUUCGAGGGCUGAUCAAUCUGCAACACCUCAUCCUCAACAACAAUCAACUGAAUCAAAUCAACAAUGCAGCCUUUGACGACUUGUUACUGACGUUAGAGGACCUGGAUUUGUCAUAUAACAACUUACGCAGUGUGCCUUGGGAAGCCGUUCGUAAGAUGGUCAACCUCCAUCAGAUGAGUUUGGAUCAUAACCUCAUCGCCUUCAUUUCAGAGGGAACUUUUACAGAUUUGGAGAAACUUGCCCGAUUGGACCUCACCUCUAACCGUCUGCAGAAGCUCCCUCCAGAUCCCAUCUUUGGGCGCUCCCAGAGUAAUGUAGUUUUGAGCACUCCUUAUCUUCCUCCGCUGUCUCUUAGCUUUGGUGGCAACCCUUUGCACUGCAACUGUGAAGUGCUUUGGCUCCGAAGGCUGGAGCGUGAGGAUGAUAUGGAAACCUGUGCUUCUCCUGCCAGUCUAAAAGGCCGCUACUUUUGGUCUGUUCGGGAGGAAGAGUUCGUUUGUGAGCCCCCUUUAAUCACUCAACAUACACACAAGUUACUUGUACUGGAAGGCCAAACAGCAAGCUUGCGUUGCAAAGCAGUUGGUGAUCCAAUGCCGAUGGUGCAUUGGGUUGCUCCUGAUGACCGUUUGAUCAGCAACUCCUCCCGAGCAACAGUAUAUGAGAAUGGAACCCUGGACAUUACAAUAACCACAUCUAAGGAUUAUGGUACGUUUACUUGCAUAGCUGCUAAUGCCGCUGGGGAAUCUACAGCCUCCAUAGAGCUCUCAAUCAUUCAACUUCCACAUCUGGGUAAUGGUACAAACCGUACCACACAGUCCAAAUCAGGGCUUUCGGACAUAACUAGCUCUACCAAGAUCAGCAAAGGGGAGCCUAAACCUCUGCCGGAGAAGGUGGUGUCUGUAUCAGAAGUGACUGCUGUCUCUGCUAUGGUUAAGUGGACCGUUAGCAAAGCAACUCCAAAGGUCAAAAUGUAUCAGCUUCAGUACAAUUGUUCUGAGGAUGAGGUCCUCAUUUACAGGAUGAUAUCAAUGACUAACAGAGCUUUUGUAGUCACAAAUCUUGUCCCAGGAAUGCAGUAUGACCUGUGUGUGUUGGCCAUCUGGGAUGACACAGCCACCACCCUCACUGCCACCAAUAUAGUUGGCUGUGUCCAGUUCAUCACCACGGAGGACUACCCACAGUGCCAGUCUCUCCACAGUGGCUUCCUGGGUGGCACCAUGAUCCUGGUCAUUGGUGGCAUUAUUGUUGCCACGCUGCUGGUGUUCAUCAUUAUACUAAUGGUGCGGUACAAGGUGACCAGUGGCAUCCAGACUAAUAAAUUACCCUCUGUGAGCAACACAUACUCGCAGACCAAUGGGGGAUUGAACAGGUUCAAUGGUGCCCCACCACAGGUCAAGUCCACUGUGGUGGUCAUGCGUGAGGAAAUGGUAGAGUUUAAGUGUGGAUCCCUCCAGAGUAGUCUCUCUUCAUCCUCUUCCUCUUCUAACUCAUUAGACAGCCACACAGGCAGGAAGGCUAAUGACCGCUACAGCAUGCAGGGCAGUGAAUGCAGCACGUUGCCCAGCAGCAAGUUCAGGAGGCACGGCGCAAAAGCACGACCAAACCUGGACAACCUAUUAGGGGCCUUCACCUCACUGGAGCUGCGAGGGGUAGUGAGGGAACACCAAGGGGCCUCUGGACCUUCCUCCACUUCUACUGCUAUGACGACGGUGGCUGUGGCGCCCCCGUCUGAUAAAGAACCCCUACUUGGGAGGGCUGAGUCUACCACCAUGCUUGGACGUUUACUUGGGCUGCCCCAGGAGGGUAAGCCCAAGAGGAGCCACUCGUUUGACAUGGGUCAUGUCGGGGCUGCACAGUGUCGCAGCAGCCACCCUCGCAGGAUAAGCAACAUCUGGACUAAGCGCAGUCUAUCUGUGAAUGGCAUGCUGCUGCAGUAUGAUGACAGUGAGGACGAGAAGCCCCCAUUCGAGAGCUCUGAGUGGGUUAUGGAAAGCACAGUUUGAGUCCAACUGUGAGAUCAAUGGACAUAUGAUGAAUCUAUGUCAAGAACUUGAGUAUAGAUGAGAUAUCCCUGAGGGAAUCUGCCUUUGGGUACGGCAUGAAUGUACUCCAUGUGAAAACUGUGUAAGCAACUAUGUAAGAAAAGACACCCAUCUCUAAAGAUUCCUGGCAAUGAUCUCAAGUAUUUGACAGUCUCUUGAAGUAUUUAAAAUACUGUCUGGAUUCAAAAGAACAUAGAAUCUUGAAUUAUGCUGAUGGGAAUCAUUCCUUAUCCACAGGGCACAUGUGAGUAUCUCUGAAAAGGGAAGACGGAAGAAAGAAGUGGAUUUAAUAUGUCUAUAUCGUGAGAACUGAAUGCCAAGAGGAUUAACUGCAGCUGUCGUGAAGUAUAUGUGCAUCACAAUGUCUUGGACCCUCAGCGUGACAUGGGACUACUGCAACAGUAGAGAGAAGGACUGGAGGGGCCAAUAGAAACAAAAGUCAUUUUUAUUUUUCACAAGUUUUUCUAUCAUUUUUACUAUUUAUUAUUUGAGGUGAUUCAUCAGCAGGUAGAGGCACAGCUCUUCAGAGGUUUUAGUUGUUCACACAGAGAUGCCAUUCUUUCAUGUGCAGCCAUUUCACAUUAUACAACAGUGGGAUUUCAAUUAAUCACAAAUCAAACCUUUUUUUUUUUUUUUGGUAAUGCCCUAUGCUCUAGUUAUCAGCAACAUAGAACCACAGCAAGCCAGUCUUGUAUUUCUACCUCAGGUUAUGUAUCCUAUGAGGUCAUGUAUAAAAGAAUGCAGAUUAACCCAAAUGCAAAGUAUGGACCACAAACAGCCCGAGACACAAAGUUAUGUGCCCAUUUGCAAAUGCUUCAAAUAAUUAUUUAGUCUACAACCAAUUCAACCCAACAUUCCCCUGCUCAGGUUGACGUUCUGCUUUGACUCAAUGUCUUCAUGAAUGCUUUCAUACUCUCCCCAUUGGUUAACGCUGUUGACAAUGGUCCCUGUUGGCGAAUAGGCCGUUAAUGUAAACACAGUGUUUACCGCAGGGUAUGGUUUCAGAUGCAAUCAACACAUAUUACAGUCUCCUGAUUGGAAUAGGCUUUGAAAUCCAACAAGCCCACAUACUCAGUUUGCUUCAACUCAUAGAAGGUUGGAUUAUUCGGCUGUAAUUCUCAUGAGGUAACACAAACAAGAGAGUAUUAGAAUUACUCACUUAGCCUGGUUAUGUAAUGAGUCCAAAUUGAAGUCUAUGAGCAUGAUAAAGGUCAUUGAGCUGUUUAGCAGAGAACAGUAGUGGGAGAGGGCCGAGAAUUACAGAAGGAGAACUUUUUAAGGCCCAAACCAUCACUGAUUGGCAAAAUCUUUGGCAAUGUAUUUCAUCCAAUUGCACAAAAAAAAAUGUUGGUUUAUGUCUUAUUCUAACUGAUUCAUCAAGGGAACCAUUUAUUGUUUCAUUUACUUUUAUUCAGAGCUGUACAUUGCAAGAGGAUACUUUAAAAUAGUGGCUAUUCAAAUAACUGCCCACAAUUAACAGAUACAUCCAUACCUAUUUUGAUGCCUUUCUCAAUAUCUUGAGCCUCUGCUGCAUUUCAAAAUGUGAGCUGGUCAUCAUUUUUUAUUAUGUUCUUCUUCCCUAGGUGUAAUGUUCUGUAUAUUGGCAUUUCUUUUUGUAAAAUUUCUGGGUGAGAAUGUAAAGGGCAGAAAAUUGUGCAGUAGUACUUUUAUGUUCAUGUGAAGCAAACAGUGGGAAGGUGCUUUACUGUGGUGUACCAACUUGGUCAUUGUAAGUUGGCUCACUGGAAUGGGAUUCAACAUUAUACAAGUGGAGAAAUGGCAGUUUGAAAGGGUCAGUUCACAAACACUAGAAAACACAUAUUUUCUGACUUACCUUUGGUGUUUCUGGCCAUCUAGAUACUCUUGAUGUCUUUUUCCCCAGGUUUGUAGAAACCCUGCCAUGAGUUUUCUACCUUUACCAUAUUUGGUGGAUUUGCUUUCUAAAUAUUAUCUUUUACUGUAUUAUUUUUUUAAGAAAUUAAAGUGAUAUUGGAUGUACAUGA